GGCAGCGAGCGGACCGGACGGCUCUCGCGGAGCGCAGAGGGGUGGGAGAGGAGGGGUCGGCCGCGAGAGGCGUGUGCCCGUCAGCGACGGGAGACGAUCUGACACCAUCGCCGCAGCGUUCCGAGCGCCGUCCACUUGCCGCCCGGGCAGCUCCCGCCGGAGGGGAGAGGCGGCGGCCGGAGUGGUUGUGCUUUUGUGCCCUAGGUCCAGGCACCCAUCCCUGCUGCAAGCCCUGUGGGGUCAGCCCUCCGAGGCGACCACCCCUCGACGCCGUUCGCAGGUCCCGCAUCCUCCUGCGCCCCGAGCGGCCCGUACCCAGGUGAGGCACCUGCGGUCAGGACCUGCCCGGGGCGCGGGGUCGCCUGGAGCCGGUCAAGGCCGGGCUGCCUUCGGGCGAUCGAUUAUCAGCUUCUGACCCUCCCUGGGCCGCCCCUCCCAGCCCAGCUCCCGUGCAAAGGCUUGGCUCAUGCUUGACAGCAAAGAGAGAAAAAAACCUGAACGACAAUGGAUGCAAAGGCCCGGAACUGUUUGCUUCAACAUAGAGAAGCUCUGGAAAAGGACAUCAAAACAUCCUACAUCAUGGACCAUAUGAUCAGUAAUGGCGUUUUAACAGUAGGAGAGGAGGAAAAAGUGAAAAUCCAGGCCACUCAAUCUCAGCGAGCAGCUACUUUAAUUAAAAUGAUACUUAAUAAAGAUAACUGUGCCUACAUUUCAUUCUACAAUGCUCUGCUACAUGAGGGAUAUAAAGACCUUGCUGCACUUCUUCACAGUGGUCUUCCUCUUGUUUCUUCUUCCAGUGGCAAAGACACAGAUGGUGGAAUAACUUCGUUUGUAAGGACAGUGCUGUGUGAAGGUGGAGUCCCACAGAGGCCAGUUAUUUUUGUUACUAGGAAGAAGCUGGUUAAUGCAAUUCAGCAGAAGCUCUGGAAACUGAAUGGUGAACCAGGGUGGGUUACCAUCUAUGGAAUGGCAGGCUGUGGGAAGUCGGUGUUAGCUGCGGAAGCUGUUCGAGAUCAUUCCCUCUUAGAAGGUUGUUUCCCAGGGGGUGUACAUUGGGUUUCAGUUGGAAAACAAGAUAAAUCUGGGCUUCUCAUGAAACUGCAGAAUCUUUGUUCACGGCUGGAUCAAGAAGAGAGUUUUUCGAAGAGGCUUCCACUUAAUAUUGAAGAGGCGAAAGACCGUCUCCGUGUUCUGAUGCUACACAAACACCCAAGGUCUCUGUUGAUCUUGGAUGAUGUUUGGGAUCCUUGGGUGUUAAAAGCUUUUGACAACCAGUGUCAGAUUCUUCUUACAACCAGAGAUAAGAGCGUUACAGAUUCAGUAAUGGGUCCUAAGUAUGUUGUCCCUAUGGAGAGUAGUCUAGGGAGAAAGAAGGGACUUGAAAUCUUGUCGCUUUUUGUUAACAUGAAGAAAGAAGAUCUGCCGGGAGAGGCUCACAGCAUUAUAAAGGAAUGCAAAGGUUCUCCUCUUGUAGUGUCUUUAAUUGGUGCACUUUUACGUGAUUUUCCCAAUCGCUGGGAAUACUACCUCAGACAACUUCAGAAUAAGCAGUUUAAGAGAAUAAGGAAAUCUUCAUCUUAUGCUUAUGAGGCUCUGGAUGAAGCCAUGUCUAUAAGUGUUGACAUGCUCAGAGACGAUUUCAGACACUAUUACACAGAUCUUUCUAUCCUUCAGAAAGAUGUCAAAGUGCCGACGAAGGUGUUCUGUAUUCUCUGGGACUUGGAAACUGAAGAAGUUGAAGACAUACUGCAGGUGUUUGUUAAUAAGUCUCUCUUGUUCUGUGAUCGGAAUGGAAAGUCAUUUUGUUAUUAUUUACAUGAUCUUCAAGUAGACUUUCUUACAGAGAAGAAUAGAAGUCAGCUUCAGGAUCUACACAGGAAGAUGGUCACGCAGUUUCAGAGGUGUUACCAGCCACAUACACUGUCUCCAGAUCAGGAGGACUGCAUGUAUUGGUACAACUUUCUAGCCUAUCACAUGGCCAGUGCCAAUAUGCACAGAGAACUUUGUGCUUUAAUGUUUUCCCUGGAUUGGAUUAAAGCAAAGACGGAACUUGUCGGCCCUGCCCAUCUGAUUCAUGAGUUUGUGGAAUAUAGGCAUAUCUUGGAUGAAAAGGAUUGUGCAGUCUGUGAGAAUUUUCAAGAGUUUUUAUCUUUAAAUGGACACCUUCUUGGACGACAGCCAUUUCCUAAUAUUGUCCAGUUGGGCCUCUGUGAACCAGAAACUUCCGAAGUUUAUCAACAAGCAAAGCUUCGGGCCAAGCAGGAGGUGGACACUGGGCAGCUCUACCUGGAAUGGAUAAACAAAAAAACUAUCAAGAAUCUCUCCCGCCUAGUUGUCCGCCCCCAUACAGAUGCUGUUUACCACGCAUGUUUUUCUCAGGAUGGUCAGAGAAUAGCUUCUUGUGGAGCUGAUAAAACCUUACAGGUGUUCAAAGCUGAGACAGGAGAGAAACUUCUUGACAUCAAAGCUCACGACGAUGAAGUGCUUUGCUGCGCGUUCUCUUCAGAUGACAGUCACAUAGCAACCUGCUCAGUGGAUAAGAAAGUUAAGAUUUGGGAUUCUGUGACCGGGAAGCUAGUACACAUUUAUGAUGAGCACUCAGAACAAGUCAAUUGCUGCCAUUUCACCAACAAGAGUAAUCACCUCUUGGCUACUGGGUCAAGUGACUUCUUCCUCAAACUCUGGGACUUGAAUCAGAAACAAUGUCGAAAUACCAUGUUUGGUCACACGAACUCAGUCAAUCACUGCAGAUUUUCACCAGACGAUGAGCUCUUGGCUAGUUGCUCAGCUGAUGGGACAUUAAAGCUUUGGGAUGUGAGAUCAGCAAAUGAGAAGAAGAGCAUUAAUGUGAAGCGGCUCUUCCUGGGUCCAGAGGACCCUCAGGAGGAGGUGGACGUCAUAGUGCAGUGCUGCUCCUGGUCUGCAGAUGGUGCCCAAAUACUAGCGGCAGCAAAAAACAGAGUCCUCCUUUUUGAUAUUCAUACUAGUGACCUGUUGGCAGAAAUUCAUACAGGACAUCAGAGCACCAUCCAAUACUGUGACUUCUGCCCCUAUGACCAUUUGGCAGUGGUUGCCCUGUCCCAGUACUGUGUAGAGUUGUGGAAUGUAGAGUCACGCUUAAAGGUAGCUGAUUGCAGAGGACAUUUGAGUUGGGUUCAUGGUGUGAUGUUUUCUCCUGAUGGUUCAUCAUUUUUGACAGCUUCCGAUGACCAAACAAUAAGGGUCUGGGAGACAAAAAAGGUGUGUAAGAACUCUGCCACAGUGUUAAACCAGGAAAUAGAUGUUGUGUUCCAAGAAAAUGAAAUGAUGGUUCUGGCAGUUGACAACAUAAGAGGUCUACAACUCAUUGCUGGGAAGACAGGCCAGAUUGAUUACCUGCCUGAAGCUCAAGUCAGCUGCUGCUGCCUGAGUCCACAUCUUGAGUAUGUUGCAUUUGGAGAUGAGGACGGAGCCAUUAAGAUUAUAGAACUUCCAAACAACAGAGUUUUCAGUUCUAGGAUUGGGCACAAGAAGGCUGUGCGGCACAUCCAGUUCACUGCUGAUGGGAAGACACUCAUUUCAAGUUCUGAAGAUUCUGUAAUUCAGGUAUGGAAUUGGCAGUCAGAGGACUUUGUCUUUUUGGAAGCCCAUCAGGAAACAGUGAAGGACUUCAGGCUCUUAAAAGAUUCAAGAUUGCUUUCUUGGUCAUUUGAUGGAACAGUGAAGGUAUGGAAUAUCAUUACUGGAAGAAUAGAAAAAGACUUCAUUUGUCACCAGGGUACAGUACUUUCUUGUGAUAUUUCUUCUGAUGCUGCCAAGUUUUCAUCUACCUCUGCUGAUAAGACUGCAAAGAUAUGGAGUUUUGAAUUCCUUUCACCUCUUCAUGAGUUGAAGGGCCAUAAUGGCUGUGUCCGAUGCUCUGCCUUCUCACUGGAUGGCAUCCUGUUGGCAACUGGAGAUGACAAUGGAGAAGUCAGGAUCUGGAAUGUCUCCAGUGGCCAGCUUCUUCAUUUAUGUGCUCCGAUUUCAGUAGAAGAAGGAACUGCUACCCAUGGAGGCUGGGUGACCGAUCUUUGCUUCUCUCCUGACAGUAAAAUACUUGUCUCUGCGGGAGGAUAUCUUAAGUGGUGGAAUGUUGUCACCGGGGAGUCCUCACAGACCUUCUACACAAAUGGAACAAAUCUCAAGAAAAUACAUGUGUCCCCUGACUUCAGAACAUAUGUGACUGUUGAUAAUCUUGGUAUUUUAUACAUUUUACAGGUUUUAGAGUAAAAUGGCUAAGCAUUAAUGUAGUUCAGCUUCUUAAUUUUGAAUUGGAAAAAAAUUGAAGCUCUGUACAUCAACUUUUUAUAAAGCUGUGAAAUGUACUGCGGUAUUGCAUCCAUUGCCAAGUGUUUAUGGCUGUGUAAAUAAUGUUAGUAUAGGUGGAUGAAUAGUAGUGUGUCUUCACAAGUGAACACACCUUUACCCUAGUUUUUUAUAGUCAUCAUUGUUACCAACAACUUGUCCUUAACAUGCAAAUGAAAUGUAAAUAUAUACUUUGUUACGCUAUUGGUAAUCUUCCUUGAUGCAUUCAAAUUGGUUGGCAAAAUGAAUGAGAAUCAUUUGAAGGAAUUCUAUAUGUUGAUGCUAUUGUCAGGCAGGCUAUGCCUCAAGGAACUGGUGCCAGUUUUCUGAACCACACUUACCCCCAGGGGGUAUGGUUUUCCAAACACAAUCAUGUUGCUUAUUUGCACUCUUUAAAUUUGCUUUAAAAUAUUGUGGUUUUGUGCACAGUCUGCAACAUCUGUUUUGAUAACUCAGUGAGUGUUGGAUUUCAACAGUUCUUUCUAUGAGCUAAAGUCAUGUGCUAGAGAGAUUUCUCUCUGUCGCCGAUGAUAGCCCUGUGUGUAGCUGGAUUCUGUGUCUGAACUGGGCACCACACUGCACUCUUUCAGUUUGUUUUUUUGUUUUUUUUUUUUUAAGACAGGGUUGCUCUGUGUAUCCCAGGCUGUCCUGGAACUUGCUAUGUAGACCAGGCUGGCCUCAACUCAGAGAUUCACCUGCCUCUGCUUCCCAAGUGCUGGGAUUGAAGGUGUGCACCACCACUGCCUGGCUCUCUCAGUUUUUUACUUAAGUAAGCUUGACCCCAUUUUAGCCUCUGCUCCAGUCAGGUGUUAGUAAGUCAGUGGUGGAGAAAUAGUCCUACAUAUCUCUCCUUUAAAGUGUUUACUUUCAGGUAAGUGUUCAUCAGUGACUUUCCAGAGUCAUAAAGAGCCCCUGUCCCAAGGCCCCCAACCCACAUUUCCUUGAGAAACAGUGAUUAUGAUCCUCCUGCAUCAGACUCCUAAGUAUCCGAGAGAGAUGGCUUUUGAUGCAGAAAACACUUUGCAACAUCAGUAAUUCAUUUUGAUUUUAACCUCCUUUUAGGAUCUUUAGUUGAAACUUAAAUUUAAUCACUUUCCCCUGAAAUAUUAUUAAGGACAAUAGAGACAAAUUAGUAGUAGAUGUAGUUUUCAUAUAAAAAAUAAAAUGUCUUCAUAUUUGCAAUGGGAAUUAUCGAGUGUUGGCAUUAAUAGCAGAUAGUCAGUGAGAGCUGUUUUUGUUGCUGGUGCAUAUUGCUAGUGGUAGUGGGCAGAGGGAAUAAACCACUCAUUUAUUUUAGUUUUUAUUUCUUUACGGUGCUGAAUAGUGAAACCAGGGCCUUGCACAGGCUGCACAAGCACUCUACCACUGGGCUGUACUCCCAGCCCUUAGCUGGAUUUUAGAUUAGAUAUUCCUCCAUGGCAUUUGUCGGAGCUAUACAGAGUGAACAAAAUCUUGUAUAGUGUUAAGGAAGUUUUAUUUUUUUUAACCUUUUUUUUUUUUUUUUUUGGUUAGUUUGAGGAACAUAGUUUACAUACUGUGAUUUAAGCAAAUGUGAUGAAGUGAAAAAUCUUAUUUUUUUUAAGAAUAAAUAUUUGAAUACUAUGUCUUGCUUAAAAAGUUGCUGAGAACAAACUUUGUUUUUUUCAGAUAACAUUAGUGGCUUAUCAGUUCUGUAGCUGGGAUAUGAAGUAACACAGUAAACAUCAGUUUUAAAAAGUCUUGGUUUUGUCUCACAAAUAAAGUGGAGGAAAAGACAAAGUCACACGAUGGAAGAGACGGCUGUAGCUUUUAUCACAGCUCUUGGGGCUGACAGAGAAGCCUCAGCUUGUGCCUGCGCAUGAGCGCUUUCCUUGCUGUCCUUUUCAUGUGAGAAAUUACAGUGGAUUUUAUAUAUGUGAAGGUUUUGUAUCAUUUGUUUUAUGUGUUCUGAAGACUUUUUGUAUUUGUAACUUACAUAUGCUUUUAUUUUAUUUUUUAUUUUUGCCUUGGAAUACUGUUUAAACAUGAAUUUUAACAACAAUAAAAUUCCUGAAAAAUCUUUUGAAACA